CUGCUCCGGGGCUACAAGCGCGCGAUCUCGCCCAACCUGCCGAAGAACUGCCGCUUCACGCCGACGUGCUCCGAGUACACGGCCAUCGCCAUCAAGGAGCUCGGCUUCUUCAAGGGCUUCGUGCUCUUCCUCUGGCGCCUCGCGCGGUGCUCGCCCCUCGGCGGCCGCGGCUACGACUACCCGACGUGG